UAGUUUCGAGGCAUGCGCAUAGUUUGAUAGUUAUACCUAUUAAAGUGUACCUUCUGCCUGUCUAUAAAAAUAUUACUUUGAGACCGAAGGAAAGCUUUACAGUAUUAUAGUUAUCUUGUCUAAUAAUCUCGCAUAACAAGUAAUAGCAGUUUGAGUGAAUUCAUUAGUUUUUUCAUCAAAUCAAACUAGUUCCCAUGUGUCUAGUUAAUUCUAAUUCUAUCAAAAACAAAUUUCUGAAGCGUAUAGUAGACCAUAUAUUUUAUCUCACAUUUGUUUUUGUUUAUGUACCUGGGUUCUCCUAUUUUCAUCUGGCUAUUGUGCUGCCAACGUUUGUAGAAGCAUGGAGUCUAUCACAUUAUAUUCACCUCUUUAUUUCAUAUUUCCUUUUACUUAAUGUUAUAAGCAAUAUGAUUUUUGGCAUGUUUACUGAAACUAGCAUAAAAGGCAGGUUUUUAAGUAUUGUUGAUAUAAGAGAUUGGACUUUGUGUAGUGUUUGUGAAUGUCUAUGUCCCCCUCGUUCCUGGCACUGCAAUAUUUGUAAUAUAUGCAUUUUAAAGAGAGAUCACCAUUGCACAUUUUUCGCUUGUUGCAUAGGAUACUUUAACUUUAGAUAUUUUAUAUAUUUUACUCUCUAUACUUUUAUUUGUAAUACAUACUCAUUGUAUUAUAAUGUGAAAUAUUUUGCACCAUUUUUUGUAUGGAACAAUGGGAUUGUUAUUUUAAAAUUUGUUUUUCCAUUAAUAAAUAUAUUUUUUGGUUUUGGUUAUGAAACUAUGGGUGUGUUUUUGAUUGUUCUUAAUUUUCUAGUUGCUGCUAUUACUGGGUUUUUAUUUAUUUUUCAUUUGAACAAUGUCCUCAAGGGGCGAGUAAGCCCAGAAAUAAAACGUGGUGUAAAAGGUAUGGUCAAUAAAGGCUGGAAGUCGAAUUUAAUAGAGGUAUUUGGUUCUAGAUGGUAUUUAACCUGGCUUGCAGCAUUCAUAAAUAGUCCUUUGCCAGGCAAUGGCUUGGAGUGGGUUGUUGAUGAUAAAUUUGAAUAAUGUAAAUAUGAAACUAACCAAAUAAAUAUAGAAUAGUACCUAAAUCUACAAACUACGAAUUUAAUUAUGUAUUUAAUUUUUAUGGCACAAGGUACUAUUUAUGAAUCUUCAAACACUCCAGUUUAGCUACUGACUCCAAACAUUC